AUGGGAAGUUAUACCAAUUACUGCAGCCAUCAGAGAGAAAAUGGAAAGGGUGCCAGAAACUGCAGAAGAUGUGGAGCUCGUAAGGGGUUAAUCAGAAAAUACGGCCUUGACAUUUGCAGAAGAUGUUUCAGAGA